UUCUCUCUCAAAAAAAGAAAGAAACCUUACCCGUUCACUAAUCCCGUGGCCAGACCACAUCCUUCGACAGUUAUGGUGGCGGCGGCGGCGGCCUCUCCGGCGAGGGCUUCUUGGCGACCUGCAGUCCCCACGACCGCUGCAUGCGCAGCAGGAAGGUGCUUCCACGUUGGAGUAAAGCGCUUUUCCCCGGCCAACAGCGCAGGGCUUCAAACGACAAGCACCCGCCUGCACAGACCCGCCACCGCUCACGUCAAGAGCGGGGAGGCCGCCGAAGGACGUACUCCAAGCACGGAGAGCGGCAACGAAGAAUCCCUGCGACGCGAUCUAGAGACGGCGAUCCAGGAGGAAGACUACGCCCGCGCCGCGCAGCUGCGGGACGAGCUCCGCGUGCUCCAGGAGGACGGCAGGUCCGCCGUCCUCGCGGCGAACGCGCGGUUCUACACCGCCUUCAAGAACGGCGACCUCGUCGCGAUGCACCAGGCCUGGGCUAAGGGCGACCACGUCUACGUCGUGCACCCGUCGGCGGGGAGGAUCUCCGGGUACGACAUGGUCAUGCGGAGCUGGGAGAUGGUCUGCGACGCCGACUACGAGUUCCCGCUCCAGAUCGAUCUCCAGGACGUGGAGGUCUAUGUGAGAGGCGAUGUGGGCUACGUCACCUGCCUGGAGCUGGUCAGGACCAAGGGGAGCAGCAGCUGGGGGAAGCAGGUGGCCACCAAUGUGUUUGAGAAGGUUGAUGGCAAGUGGGUCAUGUGCAUCCACCAUGCGUCGCACUUCGAUCAGUGAAAUUGAUUUUCGCCGGUGGUCAAGCGCCCCCGCUCGGGAGCGAUUGGGUUCAGAUCGAAAUCCUCUGAUUUUAUCAAGGUAGUAAGAGCACCGUAAAAUGUGAGAUGGCGAAUAGUAUCACGGCUUCAAAUAUUAUAGUAAAAACACUACAGCAAUGGUACUGUAGCAAUUCCACUAAUUUAUUGUCUUGAUUUUACUAUCUAUGAUGCACUGUAGUAUGU